CCAUUUGUAGGAGGGAGUUCCGGUCGUGGCUGAGGUGGUUGCAUUUUGUAGGUACCAGAGAGUCACGAUGGCUGCAGUGGAUUCAGAUAUCGAGCCGCUGCCUCGUGGGGGUUUCCGCUGCUGCCUCUGCCACAUCACUACAGCCAACCGACCCAGCCUGGAUGCCCAUCUGGGGGGCCGGAAGCACCGGCACCUGGAAGAACUACGAGCUACUCGAAAGGCCCAGGGGCUUCGAAGCGUGUUUGUCAGUGGCUUUCCCCGGGAUGUGGGUUCUGCUCAGCUCUCCGAGUACUUCCAGGCAUUUGGACCUGUGGCCAGUGUCGUCAUGGACAAGGACAAGGGAGUGUUUGCCAUCGUGGAGAUGGGGGACCUGGGUGCCCGGGAAGCUGUUUUGUCACAGCCCCAGCACAGCCUGGGAGGACAUCGCCUGAGGGUCCGGCCACGGGAGCAGAAAGAGUUCCAGAGCCCAGCCUCCAGGUCCCCCAAGAGAGUGGCCCCCGACAGUCACCAGCUGAUCAAAGCACUCGCUGAGGCCCCGGACGUGGAAGCACAAAUGGUGAAGCUCGUGGGGCUGAGGGAGCUCUCUGAGGCUGAGCGGCAGCUUCGGAGCCUCGUGGUGGCCCUGAUGCAGGAGGUCUUCUCAGAAUUCUUCCCUGGCUGUGUGGUCCAUCCUUUUGGCUCCUCCAUAAACAGCUUUGACGUCCAUGGCUGUGAUCUUGACCUCUUCCUGGAUCUGGGGGACUUGGACGAGCCCCAGCCAGCCCCAAAGGCUCCAGAAUCUCCCUCCUUGGACUCGGCCCUGGCAUCCCCACUGGAUCCUCAAGCCCUGGCCUGCACCCCAGCCUCCCCUCCAGACUCACAGCCUCCAGCUUCUCCUCAAGACUCGGAAGCCCUGGACUUUGAAGCCCCUUCCUCCUCACUGGCACCCCGGACUCCAGACUCUGCUUUGGCCUCUGAGACUCUUGCCUCUCCCCAGUCCCUGCCUCCAGCCUCGCCACUGCAGGAGGACCAGGGAGAGGGGGACCUGGGGAAGGCUGUGGAACUGGCAGAGGCCCUGAAGAGGGAGAAAGCAGAAGGGGGAGCCAUGCUGGAGCUGGUGGGAUCCAUCCUUCGGGGCUGUGUUCCUGGAGUGUACCGAGUCCAAACCGUGCCCUCUGCCCGGCGCCCUGUGGUCAAGUUCUGCCAUCGGCCUUCAGGUCUCCAUGGUGACGUCUCCCUCAGUAACCGAGCACAAGCUCUAGGCGCGAGGGCUUCAGUAGCUGUGACAACCGGGCUUCAGUGCGCCGAAGCAUGUGGAUCUUCCCAGACCAGGGAUUCAACCCACGUCCUCUGCAUUGGCAGGCUGGCCCUGCACAACUCCCGCUUCCUGAGUCUCUGCUCUGAGCUGGAUGGGCGAGUACGGCCGCUUGUGUACACUCUGCGCUGCUGGGCUCAGGGUCAAGGGCUGUCAGGGAGUGGCCCACUUCUCAAUAACUACGCCCUGACCUUGCUCGUGAUCUAUUUCCUUCAGACCAGGGAGCCUCCUGUGUUGCCCACUGUGUCCCAGCUCACCCAGAAAGCAGGUGAGGGUGAACAGGUGGAGGUUGAUGGCUGGGACUGUAGUUUCCCCAGAGAUGCCUUGAGACUGGAGCCCAGCACCAAUAAGGAGCCUCUGAGUUCCCUGCUGGCCCAGUUCUUCUCCUGUGUCUCUUGUUGGGAUCUUCGUGGCUCCCUGCUGUCCCUCCGGGAGGGUCAGGCACUACCUGUGGCAGAGGGCCUGCCCUCUAAUCUCUCGGAGGGCCUGCGCCUCGGCCCCAUGAAUCUCCAGGACCCCUUUGACCUAAGUCACAAUGUGGCAGCCAACGUGACCAGCCGGGUGGCCGGGAGGCUACAGAACUGUUGCCGAGCGGCAGCCAAUUACUGUCGAAGCCUCCAGUACCAGCGGCGGUCGUCCCGGGGUCGGGACUGGGGGCUGCUUCCCCUUCUGCAGCCCAGCUCUCCCAGCUCCAUGCUCUCUGCGACACCUAUCCCCUUACCCCCUGCUUCCUUCACCCAGCUCACUGCUGCGCUGGCCCAGGUGUUAAGGGAAGCCUUAGGGUGCCAUAUAGAACAGGGAACCAAGAGACUGUGGUCAGAGGGAGGUGGCCCUGGGGAGCCCCCCCAGGGAGGGACAAGCAAAAGAGCAAAACUAGAUGGACAGAAGAAAAGCUGUGAGGAGGGGUCAGAGGAGCAGCAGGGAUAUGCAGGGGAGCAUGGUGAAGAUGGUGUGGAAGAGAUGGUCAUAGAGGUUGGAGAGUCAGGGCAGGACUGGGCGAUGCAGAGCCCUGGGCAGCCGGGGGAGCUGCCCCUGACGACGGGAAAGCAUCUAGCCACCAGAGAAGAGGGGCAGUCAGGCACCGCGGCGCUGGCCGAGCAGGGGCCCAGAGGACCUGAGGCAGCCUGCAAAGGGUCUCAGGCUGAGGCCGAGAAGCGGGUGUCACUCUCAGUGAGCUGGCGCUGCGCCUUGUGGCACCGUGUGUGGCAGGGGCGGCGGCGUGCCCGGAGACGCCUGCAGCAACAAAUCAAGGAAGGAGGUGGAGCUGGUGCUGGCUCGGGAGCAGAGUGGCUGGCAACUGAGGCUCGGGUCACCCGGGAGCUGCGGGGACUGAGCAGUACUGAACAGAGGCCAGAGGCCGAGCCGCUCCUGACCUUCGUGGCGUCCGCCUCCCAGGCUGGCCAGAGUCUCACUGUGACCCCACUCCAGGAUUCUCAAGGCCUAUUCCCUGAUCUCCAUCAUUUCUUACAGGUUUUCCUCCCUCAAGCACUUCGAAACCUGCUUAAGUGAAGAUGGGAACCCUGAAAGGCAAUAAAGCUGCUAGUUUAAUGAA